AUGUCUACGGAUACGGCCUCCCCUUUUGAAGUCACCGCCGAAGCGGCGGCCCAGCUCAAACACAACGAGACGUUUCAGAACGUGCGGAAACGCAUGAAGCGAAAGGACAACGCGACCGACCUGUGCAGCUUCUGCCCCUUUCACACCGACGAGUGCAGCGAGCAGGCACUUGCCACCUUUCGCUUCCACCGCGACAUCAUAUAUGCGCUUCUUCUGCCCCUAUUCGAAGUCCACGACCGAGCCACCCAGACGGCAACGCGGGUGCUGGGUCGACGCAAGGGCGUCGAGCCAGAGCGUGCCUUUCGCGGCGAAGCCCGUGACGCCUUUACCUGGCUGCACUGUAUUCUGACCGAGGAGCAAGACUUUUGCCUGGCUGAAGGCUGCCCGGCCUGUAUCGUCUCGCAUGUGCUCUCGUCAGAGCCUACCAUUCGCCUCGUGACUGUCGCAUGUUUGCUGUGCGAUCUCUUGCCCGAAGCAGAACUAUGCGAGGUCCAGACGAUGAACCUGCCCAACUUUGUCUUUUGGUUGGAGACAAUGGAAAAGGCAGUAUGCGACGACCCUCUAUGGGGAGACCUGUUCUGGCCCGCCAUUGAGCAUCGCGCCAAGUGUCUGAGUCUCCAGAUCAAGCACCUAAUCAUACAAUGCGUCGAAUUCCGCACCGGCGCCGACCUGCAAAAGCCUUCAAUCAAGCCCUCGUGCGCAGUUACGAUGCGGCCUGACAAACGAGCAUACUGCAUGCAUGUGCAAAACAUCCCGGUUCAGCCAUCGGCCCUGGCACGGCGACAGCUGCACAUGGUGUUGGAGGAGCAGGAGCUAGCGUCCACAGUUCUGGUGAGCUACUGGGGCUCGAUGUGCAGGGCCGACCGGCGUCGCAAGAUGAUUUCGUCUAUCGAUCGCGCAUACGAGACGCCAACCACCUGA